GAUGCCCAUCUUUCUUAGACGCCAGCGGCCAUUCCACCGUCUCGUCUCAACGAUCCCUUGUACUUCUGAGUUCUGGCUGUCGCAGUUCCGUUGCAAGAACCGAAGUCUUGAACCGCCGUCCUCCGGUUCCUCCAAUUUCGGACAAAACAUCUCUUGAUUGCAAUUAUUACGAAAGAUGCAAAAAUGUUCCCUUUCAGUGGACGGACAUCCUCCUUUAAUGGAGGAUGGGGACUUGAAUAACAUGAUAGAAACUUCUGAUGGAAAAGAGAGAGUUUCAGAUGAUGGAAGUUUUGAGAUGGAGCCAUAUGUAGGCAUGGAGUUUGAAUCUGAAGAGGCUGCCAAGGUAUUUUAUGAUGUGUACGCCACUCGUGUGGGAUUCAUCAUGCGUGUAGAUGCAUUUCGCCGAUCAAUGCGUGAUCGGAACGUUGUUUGGCGCCGACUUGUGUGUAAUAAAGAGGGAUUUCGUAAGUUACAGCCCAAAAGAAGUGAAAGUAGGAAGCCUCGAGCAGUCACUAGGGAAGGGUGUAAAGCAAUGAUUGUUGUGAAGAAAGAAAAAUCAGGAAAAUGGGUUGUGACAAGAUUUGUAAAAGAGCAUAACCAUCCUCUGGCAUCCAUCCCCACCAACGAUCGUCGAAGUGUGCUUUUAUCUCAAACACCGGACGAAAAAGAUGUGAAGAUAAGAAAAUUGAAUGUAGAACUACAGCGAGAGCGAAAGCGCUCUGCAGCUCUUCAAGAACAGCUAUCCAUGGUUUUGAGAGAGAUGGAGGAGCAUUCCAAUCACCUAUCAAGAAACAUUGAAGAUAUAGUUCAAAGUGUCAAAGACAUUGAAUCAAAGAGGUCUAGACUUGUACAUGGCUAAUGUUUCUUGGCUUGUAUUUGUACAAUAUAUUUAAUAUGCUAUUGUUUGUUUUCUACUUCUGUAACAUUACAUCUGCAGUCUCCCAACUACAAGGUUCUUUGAUUCUACUAAAACCCUAGGAAGAGGACCACCCAGGCAACCCUUACUUUCCCUCUAAUAACAGAACUUUAGUUUGCUUUCAAAGAGUUUCAGUAUUGCUGCAAAUAAAUGUUAAUGGCAACUACCAAUGAA